AUGAGUCGACCAGUUUCUCACAAGGCCAGGGAGCAGAGCUUCAGCAAGAUGUUUGAUCAAACUACCUUGGCAGCUCGGAAACCCAGCUCGGAAACCAAUUCCGGUUCUAGUACUCCCAUUCGGGGAAGCACAAUCCCCUCCAGUGUCUCAACUCCUUUCAAGCCUCGAAUGUCUCGGCGUACCACUGCCGACUUCCAAGGGAAUGAUUCAAGAUCCCAUCCUGCGUCCAUCGCACCAUCACGACACUCCUUCAUCGGAGACUGUGAUAUCCAAGAUCCUUCUAUGUCAAGUGAAGGACAUGUCUUCCAGCCCGUCGAUGUGGACUCACUUUUGCAAUCUGCUGUAUCAAAACUUGAUGCUGAAGCCUUGAUCUCCAUCUCGUCCGAGACAUUGGUAAAGAUCAUCACUGCCAUCCCUCCCACCCAACGUUCACUUGUCUCUGAGUCAACUGGUGCUCGCAUCCCUGUUGUACCCAACUUGGAGGCUGUCACUCCCGACUUGUGCCACUAUUCCCGUGCAUGCAUCGUGCUAGAGGAGCGUGUUGUCUUGGUGUGGUCUCAAGAUCCCAAGGCUAUCGUCCAUGUCGCAGAUCAUGUGCAAGAAGAGCUCUUCGAAAUGACACAGACCUCUUCAGAAGAAGACUUCGACCGGCCCGACCGUGCUCGAUCGACCUUUACACAACUCAGCUUUGAUACCGCACCCGUUGCAUCUCCCACUAUUGUUCGUGGUGGUCUCGAUGAGAAGAAUGAAAUCUUCUCACGUGCCGUCGCUCUUGAAGAGAAUGAGGAUGAGAACGAAGAUGUUGAGAUGGCUGCCCCUCAACGACCGAGACUCAAGAUGCAUGCCUUCAAGAUCAGCGUUGCCAUAAUGCUGGUCAUCAUUACUCAGUCACUUGGUGUCAUCAAGCUUCUGAAUGAAUACUACUGGGAUGGUGGCUGGGCUCGUUUCGGUCUCCUUGCCACCAUUCCACCUUUGACCCUCUUCUCCCUCUUUUUCUUCAUCGUACUGGUCACCAGUAUCUUCCAACUGCUCCUCCCCGUCAGCGCAUGUCUCAAGAACUCCCGAUUCCACUCCGCCAUCAAGCCCAAUCCCAAGCGUCAUCGCGACUAUGAGCUGCCCCACAUCACCAUCCAAAUGCCUGUGUACAAAGAAGGUCUCAAGGGUGUCAUCGUUCCCACGAUGAUCAGUGUUAUGGCUGCCAUUGAGUAUUACGAGCAGCAGGGUGGUACUGCCUCUGUUUUCAUCAACGACGAUGGCAUGCAGGUCAUCCAACACGAUCUCGCUGAGGCUCGCAAGGCUUAUUACCGCGAAAACGGUAUCGGUUACACCGCUCGUCUUCCCAACUGUAAAGCUCCCAAGAAAGGCGACUUUCUGUCCUGGUUCAAGAAGUUGGACAAGAAUGCCGGGAACAAUGCCGAGAAGGAUGAGUCGGAGAUGUCACCGCAAGAACUUUCCAACAAGAUCGGAUUCCUGCGCAAGGGCAAGUUCAAGAAGGCUAGUAACAUGAACUACGGCCUUUCUUUCUCCAAUCGCGUUGAGGAUGAGCUGGUUCGCUUGACUCAGAUUGAGUGCCAACAGCGCCAAUGCAGCGAGGAUGAUCUCAAUGUUGAUGACGACAACCUCCUCUACCAACAAGCUCUGGCCAACAUGCUGGCUGAAGACAACGGUCGAACCUGUAAGUCCAUCAUCGAUCUUGGGUCUAGAACUGUACUAACUAGCGCAGGGGCUGAGGGCAACAUCCGCAUUGGAGAGCUCAUCUUGAUCAUCGACUGUGACACGCGAGUCCCUGUUGACUCUCUCUACUACGGUGCUCUGGAGAUGCACGAGAGCCCCGAAGUUGCAAUCCUACAGCAUGGAUCAGGCGUUAUGCAGGUUGUCCACAACACCUUUGAGAACGGCACAAUGCAAGACAUCGCCUUUGUCGAUCCAAGCGAUGGCCAGGAGAAGUGGUGGUCCGAUGCUCAUGUGUCUGAAGAUUUUGACAUCAGUCUUCGUGUCCAGAUGGCAGGCAGUAUCGUGCGUCUUGCAACAUAUCACAACGGCGGGUUCAAGGAGGGUGUCUCUCUCACACUUUACGACGAGUUGACUCGCUGGGAGAAAUAUGCCUAUGGUUGCAACGAACUUGUCUUCCAUCCUUUCUACCAAUGGCCUUACAAGGGUCCUGUCACGAGACUGUUCCUUCGCUUCCUCUGGAGCAACAUGCCCAUUACCAGCAAGAUCACCAUCACAGCCUACAUCUUUACUUUCGCCAACUACAUCAUCAUCGGACUGUUCCCCGACAAGCUCGAUCACCUCUACAUGCCUUCUUGGGGUAUCUGGCUAUCCCUCGUCAUUGUCUUCAACGGUCUUGGCUCAGUGGCUUUCAGCAUGGCUCGCCAUCAAUUGAAGGAGGAAGUCUUUUGGCGAGCUUUCCUACAGUCCAUGAAGUGGCUUCCCUUCUUGGUCAUCUAUUUCGGCGGCAUCAGUCUCAACUGCGCCAAAGCUUUGCUUUGCCAUGCCUUCAGUAUCAAUAUCGAGUGGGCUUCCACCGCCAAGGAACCUGGACCCAGUGGCUUCUUCAUUGGUCUUGAUAAGAUGAUUGAGAGCUUCAAGUAUACCUGGAUCAUCUGCAUUGUUUUGUCAGUUAUGAUGAUCUACUUUGCUGUGGGCGCACCUUGGGGAUACACCAUCACCCCUGGUCCCCAUUCAACAGCCGUGGUGGCUAUCGUGCCUCUUGCUAUUCAGGUCUGCAGCGCGUUUUUCCUUCCUCUUACGCUUGGAUUGAACUAG